AUGCCCCGCAAAUACGUUCCCCGUCCAGGUACAAGGUCCUACUCAAACUAUCCCAAGGAAAAAUUGGAAUUAUCUUUGAGGACGGUCGAGGUUGAACCAGCUGCACACGAAGAAAACCGGAGAUCCCACCGUGCUAACAUGCUAACAGGACCUCAGCGAGACCAUAAAAACGGCCGCAAGUUUACGAACAACCGCUCAGGCCCUGAUUGGAUUUCCGCAUUCUUGAAGCGUAAUAAGUUGGCUGUUCGUUGGACCAAGAACAUCAAACGCGCCCGUGCCAAAGUUAGUCCCGAAACUGUGAACAGCUAUUUCGAUAACCUUACCGAAACGGUCCGAGAUGUCCCGGUGGAGAAUAUUCUAAACUAUGAUGAGACAAAUUUGAUCGACGACUCUGAAUCUAAGCGAGUGCUUGUCGGAAAGGGACUGAAGCACGUUGAAAAUGUCCUGGACCAUUCCGAAACCUUCUACUCGGUGAUGUUUACCGGAAGCGGUAACGGGUCAAUGCUGCCACCAGUGAUAACAAGCUGUCUGAAGAACAACAUUAAGUUCGUCUUUCUGCCCCUAAAUUUUACCCAUCUGUGCCAACCUCUCGACGUAAGCUAUUUCGGUCCGUUGAAAAAAACUUGGAAGGGUACCCUGGAGGAUUGGAAACAACGAAAUAAGGCAUGUGUCCCCAAGCAAAUCUUUCCGAGACUGCUGAAAAAGACCUUGGAAUCAAUCGAAGACACCAGCAAAGAUAACAUGAAGGUGGGAUUCCGGGCGACCGGAAUAUAUCCACUGAACCGAUAUGCUGUUCUCAAGCGGAUUCCAGGAGGAAAUUAUGAUGGGCCAAAACCAAGCGCCAAUCUCAGCACCAAUAGCUCUUUCUCCGAACAGCUGGUGACGACGUUUAAGGAAGAGCAGCAUCAGUUGAUUUCCGCAAAGAAGGAAAUUGAGGAGAAAGAAAACGUUGCAGCCAAAACAAUCAAGCAGGAAACCUUGGAACAUCCACCGAAGAGAAGACGAGCUAUCAAACCCCUAAAGACGAUUAAGCAGGAACCAACCAAUGGCCCGAACAUUUGGUCCUUCGUAGCCGGAUUCGAGGACAGAAGCUCAUCUGGACCAGCAUUGGAAUCCAACAUUCGCCAUCUUCGGAAGCGCAGUAGCAGCUGUGGUUUGUACAAUCACAUCAAGUCAAUCAUUGGUGGUGUGUCCGGUAUUUUUGGUGUCAACAAGUGUGAUUCGAGUGGUGGUAAUAUGGCUAGCAAGGCGGAGAAGAAAUUAGCAGCGGACCUUCUGACGCGACGACGAGCGUGUGCCGAGCGAGAUGUGGUGGAGAAGUUCAUUGCGGAGUACACCUAUGAACGGGAUUGUUGCCAGGUUGCGGUGCGUUUGGAGGCGCUAAACAAGUGCAACGAGCUGUUCCUGAACGUGCAGAGUGAUAUUGAGCUGGGCGAUCACGAAGAGAGGUUUGAAGGUCAUCUAGAGUUUCGGGCGGAUUUUGAGGAUCGAUUCUGCAGGGCGAAAGGUUUUUUGCUGUCCAAACUGGAAAGUAGGGAGCAUCCGUUGAGUUCGACGAUCAUGCACGCAUCGUCUUCACACAACAUGUCUGCUAGUUUCCACCAUCGUUUGCCGAAAAUCGAUCUGCCGAAGUUCAGCGGAGAUGAGUCGCGUUGGAUCUCGUUUCGUGAUAACUUUAUCUCAAUGAUCCACUGCAACGAAGAUAUUCCGAUCGUGAACAAGCUGCAAUAUCUUCUACAGUCACUGGAGGGAGAAGCUAAGAAGCCGUUUGAGUCUGUGGACAUCCAAGCGGACAACUAUUCGUCGACAUGGGAUGCACUGAAGAAGCGGUACGAUAAUAAACGGUUUCUCAGGAAGGAAUUGUUUCGAGGCCUGUACAAUCUCCCAUCGAUAAAGCGUGAGUCAGCACAGGACCUCAACACUCUGGUUGAUGACUUUCAGCGACAUGUCAAGGCAUUGGGAAAAUUGGGCGAGCCAGUAGAGCACUGGGACACUCCACUUAUUUUCAUUCUUUCGAAUAAAUUGGAUGCAGCAACGAUCCGCGCUUGGGAGCAAGAUACUCGUCAAAAGGACGAAGUAAAGUACGACGAGCUCAUCGAUUUUUUGAUCCAACAUGUUCGAAUGCUGAAAUCCGUUGCCAGUGAUCUGCAGCACCGUUCAACAGUGUUGACUGUUUCCAGGGUGGCCGGACAAACACCGAAGAAGCCGUCAGCGAUCAAAUCCGUCGUCAACGCAGCAACAUCCGAGUCACAAUCCAGCACACAACAGUGUCACUGUUGUUCCAAAACGCACCCUUUGCACCAGUGUCCAGCAUUCAAGAAGCUGUCGAUCUCCCAGCGGCGAGAACUAGUUACGAGGCACAGUCUUUGCCGAAACUGCUUCCGUUCAAAUCACCAGGCACGAGCGUGCAAGUCGAAGUUUGUUUGUAGAAACUGCCAAGCUAAGCACCACACUAUGUUGCACGAUCAACCAGCCCCGCAACCCACGUCGGCGAUUCAAGGCACCAGUGGUUCACUCAGCCCGCCAGCAAUCAACUUAUCUGUGCAUUCCAACUCGACGGUUCUACUGGAAACAGUUGCGCUUCUAGUGGUCGAUCGGUAUGGAAGGCAAAUUCCAGCACGCGCUCUUCUGGAUUCUGCAGCGAUGUCUAACUUUAUUACGAAGAAGCUGGCGAACGAGCUCGCCACUAGACAAAGCCCCGUGGACAUCUCAGUUGCAGGAAUAGGAGAGUCCGUCAAGCGCAUCAAGCACCAGCUAACGGCCAAGAUAGUUUCCAGGAACAGUGACUUCUCCACCACACUCGAUUUUCUAGUUAUGAGGAAGCCGACAUCAAAUCUGCCCACAAUACCUAUCGACACAUCUACGUGGAACAUUCCUGAAGUGCCUUUGGCGGAUGUCCAUUUCAAUGUUCCAGCUACGAUCGAUAUAAUCAUCGGUGGAGAGUGCUAUCACGAGCUCCACACCGGCGUUCGCCAAUCUCUUGGCAACGGAUUCCCGUUCUUGGUGGACACACACUUUGGCUGGACAGUUUCCGGCAAGGUAACGACCGGCUCCACCACCGCACCACGAGCGUGCUACAUCUCCGCCGUUGACCAGAACUUGGACUGUACUCUGGAACGUUUCUGGGAGCUGGACACCGUCGAUGAAGGCCAAAACCUCUCAGCAGAAGAACGGAAGUGCGAAGAGAUUUUUGCCAGCACCACCACUCGAAAUCACGAUGGAAGGUACGUCGUACGGCUGCCCCGGACUGAUGAUUCCCAGAUCACCCUUGGAGACUCUCGCAUGAUCGCAAUUCGCCGGUUCUACAGCUUAGAACGCCGCCUACAGCGAGAUGACUCCACCAAAAUGGCCUACCACAAAUUCAUCGAAGAAUACGCACAACUUGAACACAUGUUUAAGAUAGAUCCUGUCGUCGAUAACAAACCACACUGCUAUCUGCCACAUCACCCGGUCUUCAAGGAAGCCAGCACAACCACCAAGGUACGCGUGGUAUUCGACGCUUCUUGCAAGACCACAUCCGGGUAUUCGCUGAACGAUAUGCUGCUCGUCGGUCCGGUCGUCCAACAGGAUCUGCUGUCCAUCACCCUUCGAUUCCGUACAAAGGCCAUCGCUCUUGUGGCGGACAUUGAAAAAAUGUACCGUCAAGUUAAUUUACAUCCCGAUGAUCAGCCCUUUCAUCGAAUCCUUUGGAGGGAGAACCCUUCUGAACCGUUGGAUACUUACGAACUCCGCACCGUUACUUACGGAACCGCUUCAGCUCCGUACCUGGCAACUCGUGUUUUGAAGCAGCUAGCCAUUGAUGAAGGAGAUAGGUUCCCAGUCGCAGCCGAAGCCAUCGAUGACUACUACAUGGAUGAUUUACUAUCCGGUGCCAACGAUCUAGAGUCCGCUAUACAAAAACGCCGCCAGAUGUCUGCGAUGUGUCAGUCUGCCGGAUUUCAGCUGAGAAAGUGGGCUUCUAAUAACCGAUCGGCUCUUGUAGACGUUCCAUCUGCAGACCUUGCCAUCGAUCCACUGCAUGACUUGAACGAAGAUCAAUCGGUAUCGACUCUCGGCCUAGUUUGGGAUACUCGAACUGAUAUGCUGCGGUUCAACAUCAACCUUCCACUUCCUGCGUCGGUGCUGACCAAGAGGAAAGUAAUCUCCUACAUAGCGAGGAUUUUCGAUCCGCUGGGCCUCGUCGGGCCAGCUAUAACACUGGCCAAGCUGUUCAUGCAACAGUUGUGGCGACUUAGAUCAGAAAAGGACGAACCGUACGAUUGGGAUCGGCCUCUGCCUUCGAAGCUGCAGGAGGAGUGGAAGCAGUUCCAUGCAACGCUCUGCAUUUUAGCCGAUAUUCGAAUUCCUCGGUUUGUCAACGGAUAUGCAGAUUGUUCGAUCCAGCUCCAUUUCUUCUGUGACGCAUCUGAAGCUGCAUAUGGAUCUUGUUGCUUCGUUCGUUCCGAGUUUGCUGGCGAAAUCAGAGUGCGGUUGUUGACCUCCAAAUCCAAGGUUGCUCCUUUGGCCAAGAAACAUUCGAUUGCACGUUUGGAGCUAUGCGCAGCUGUUCUAUCCACAAAGUUGUUCCGGAAGGUACAAGGCGCGAUUGGGUCAUCAGAACACGUUUAUUUCUGGUCUGACUCAACCACAGUCCUCCAAUGGUUGAGGUCGCCACCGCAUCGAUGGAGAACCUUUGUUGCCAAUCGCGUUACUGUUAUCCAGACUGGCACUGAAGGUUUCAAUUGGAGACACGUCCCGGGAGUGCAGAAUCCAGCCGACGAACUUUCUCGUGGACUACAGCCCUCCGAUCUUCUCAACCAAGCUCGAUGGUGGAACGAGGUCGCUGAAGAAAGUCCUUCUGUCAGUUUAGCUGCCACCGUUUCCGAAAAAGAGGAUUUUGCAGACCAGCUGUUCACUCGGUAUUCAACGUUCAAGCGACUCAACCGGGUAACAGCCGCUUGUAUCAAAUACAUCAAGGCACUCCAAGCUGCAGCUAUAAGGAGGAAAAAUCAACUAGUUACGCCGUUCCCUACACCCAAUGAGUUAGCGAUCGUCUACCUUUCAGCUGAAGAUUUAGCCGAGGCAGAUCGUGCGCUGCUCCGAUUAGCCCAGUCACAGCUAUACGCGGAAGAGCUCUCCGAGUUCCAAAACCCCAAACGUACGAGAAAUCCGCUGUCGUCGCAGUUACGAUACCUACGUCCUUUCCUCUGUGAUGAUGGUAUUAUUCGCGUUGGUGGUCGCCUAAGGAAUGCAGACGUUGCGCAGAGUGUCAAACAUCCAGCAGUUCUCUCGGCUAAGCAUCCACUGGCAAGGCUUAUUACGGAGCAUUACCAUCGAACGCUUUUGCAUGCUGGACCGCAGCUGAUGAUUGCCACUAUUCGCCAAAGAUACUGGAUUCAUGGAGGAAGAAAUUUAGCUCGCCAAACGUACCAUGGCUGUAUGAAAUGCUUUCGGCAGAAGCCGACCCUCGUUGAGCAAAGCUCCGCAGAUCUACCAAAAUCCCGUGUGAUCCAAGAUCGUCCAUUCGCUGUGUGUGGAGUCGACUAUUUCGGGCCCAUUUUUAUCAAGUCACCGAUUCGUCGUCAUGGUCCAACAAAGGCAUAUGGUGCCAUUUUCGUAUGUUUCGUUACGAAGGCCGUUCACAUUGAGUUGGUGUCGGAUCUGUCAACGCCCGCCUUCCUGUCAGCACUUCGUCGCUUCGUUGCCCGUCGCAGUCGCCCGAGGGAAAUUCAUUCGGACAACGGAACAGCUUUCAAAGGUGCAUCGAACGCUCUUCACCGAUUGUACGACAUGCUGAAGAAAAACGGCGAAGACAGGGAGCAGAUAUUCAACUGGUGUGCAACGGAAAGAAUCCAGUGGAAAUUCAUUCCCCCGCGAGCUCCGCAUUUCGGUGGAUUAUGGGAAGCUGCGGUGAAGUCUGCCAAACACCAUAUUCUACGUGAGAUAGGACACACGAACAUGAGCUACGAGGACAUGACCACACUGCUCGCUGAAGUGGAGAUGUGCCUUAAUUCACGUCCAAUCACCCCGAUCCCGACGGAAACCGAUGAUCUCGAGGUGUUAACUCCAGGACACUUCCUUGUGGGCACCAACUUGCAAGCCGUUGACGAUGUGGAUGUUACUGCAAAGCCCGACAACCAUCUCGACCAUUGGAAGCUCACCACAAAACGGAUGCAGGGUAUCUGGGCUCGUUGGUAUCCCGAAUAUCUCGCCCAACUACAAACUCGCGCUAGGAAGGGGAGCAAAUCGGCGGUUCCGGUGGAGGUUGGAAAAAUCGUGGUAAUCAAGGAAGACAACUUACCACCAGCCUUGUGGCCACUAGGUCGCAUCACAAAACUUCAUCCCGGCCGAGAUGGAGUUGUUCGUGUUGUGGGACUGAAGACAGCCAAGCGUGAUGACGUCGUCAGAGCGGUGAACCGGAUAGCCAUCUUACCCACCGCCAGCAUCCAAGACGUUGACCCGACAACCACCGAAGAUUAG